CAGAGGGUUACCACCGGUUUUAACGUCACCCAAUUAUCAUCUACAAGUGCUCUCCAUCGUCUAAACCCACCUGUGACACUGUUGUUGUUGUUGUUACAGACAGACUUCAAUGUUUUAAAGUUAUGGCUGAUCACUUGAUAUUUUCUCUUCAAGCUCCUACUUUUUUGAUUUUUCCUUCUCUUCACCGUCCAUGGGGUUUCUUUCGGAGACUUCCUGGUGGAGUUAGAUUCUCCGUUAAGGAGUUCCGAUUGUCUUCUCAACUACAGUUGGCUAAGUCCGUUUCACAUUCACAGUCUUUAGCUUCCGCUUCUUCUCCAUGUCCACCGGAGAAGUUCGAUCUCGUGUCCACCACUCAGCUUAAGGAUGGAAGUUAUGUCUUCCGGUUUGGGGAUGCAAGUGAAAUUGAGAAAUAUCUAGAGGCUGAAGAAAAAGCGAGAUGCGUAGAAGAAGAAGUAGAGAAGAAGCAACAUGCGAAUACAUCAGAAGAAGCCAGUGAAGUUUCAAGGAAACAACGGGUAAAAGAUCUUGAUCCUGUUCCUGUAUUGAAGGAAAAAUCUGAUGCGAAGAAAGAGGAAAGUGCUGCUCCUUCCAACCUUAGUAGCAAUGUCAUCAAAAUUAAGGAUCGUAAAAGGGUUCGUGCUCCUACUAAGAAGAAAAAAGAAACUUUAAUUUCGGUGAAUGUAUCACGGAGCCAAGAAGAUAAGGUUGAAACGAAACUUGCUAGUGUGUCCAAUCUGAGCUCCAUAGCUACUGUAGCAGAAGCUAUUCCUACUAGCUCAACUGAAGAAAAUGCAGUUGUUUCUGAGGAAUCUGAGCCAGUUGCUGUGGAGCCUCUUUCUUCUAAAGUCAUGGAGACAGUUUCAGUCAAUAAAAUAGGAGACCGUGAGACAAAUGGUUAUCAACAAAUCACUGAGAAUCGUAUGGAGGUUCAAACAAGACCGAGAUCAUCUAGUUCACAACAUGGCUCACAGUCCCAUGGUCUUGAGGAAGUUGUGACUGUAUCCACCGUCGAAAUUGAUGACAAUUUGGCUGUGAGGGAAAAGCCUGUGGGAACCAUUGAAGCUGAGGAGAAUCUUGUAGUUGAACCAACAGCUACAGCUGCUGUGUUUCCUGAUGAAUUCGUUUCAACUCCAGAAGCAACACCUAGCAGCGUUGAUGAGAUCGCUCAAAGGCCUGUAUCGUCUGAGGAAAAUCCUAUGAAAAGUUUUGAAGCUGAGGAAGAUAAUUUAGCUGAACCUGGCUCACAGUCCCAGGAUCUUGAGGAAGUUGCGCCUGUAUACGCCAUCGAAAUUGAUGACAAUUUGGCUGUGAGGGAAAAGCCUGUGAAAAAUAUUGAAGCUGAGGAGAAUCUUGUAGUUGAACCAACAGAUACAGCUGCUGCUGGUGAACUCAUUUCAACUUCAGAAGCAAUAGAUUGUAGCGUUGAUGAGAUCGCUCAAAAGCCUGUAAUUGAUACUUCUGAGGAAAAACCUAUAAAAACUUUUGAACCUGAGGAGAAUAUUUUAGUUGAACCGGAAGCAACACAUCUCAGCAACGCUGAGAUCGCGGAAAAGCCUGCAGUUGAUGCGUCUGAGGUGGAAAAUGAUGGAGAAAAUGUGGCUUCAACCAUAGAAGAUGAAAUAACUGUGAAGGACGCAAUAAUUGAUAAUGGUAGCAUAUCUAAAACCGCCGAUGAAACAGAAGGGGAAGAUCUCCAAGUUCCUGCACUUGAAACGACCACUCUUGAACCAAUUGAAGUGGCUUCUGACAGGGAAGAGCUUUUGUCCAAAGAAUUUUACUUGGACUCUGGUUUGGCUUCACUCCAAAGGCCCUAUAAGGCUUUGGCAGGUCGGGAAGAUGCUUAUUUUACCUUUCACCACAACUGGAUAGGUAUUGCUGAUGGAGUCUCUCAGUGGUCAUUUGAAGGAAUCAAUAAGGGAAUGUAUUCUCAAGAACUCAUGAGCAACUGUCAGAAGAUUAUUUCUGAUGAAACCGCUAAGAUGACUGACCCAGUUCAAGUUCUCCAUAGAAGUGUCAAUGAGACCAAGUCCUCUGGAUCAUCAACAGCCUUAAUUGCUCAUCUUGACAAUAAUGAACUCCACAUUGCCAAUAUCGGAGAUACAGGAUUCAUAGUUAUUAGGGACGGCACAGUAUUGCAGAAGUCGUCUCCAAUGUUUCAUCAUUUUUGUUUUCCCUUACAAAUUACGCAAGGCUGUGAUGUCCUAAAACUUGCAGAGGUUUACAAUGUGAAACUGGAUGAAGGCGAUGUUGUCAUCGUAGCAACUGAUGGACUCUUUGACAAUUUGUACGAGAAAGAAAUAGUUUCAAUAGUUUGCGAGUCACUGGAACAGAGUUUGGAACCUCAGGAAAUAGCAGAGUUAGUGGCUGCAAAGGCACAAGAGGUGGGAGGAAGUGAAACAGAGAGAACACCGUUUGCAGACGCAGCUAAAGAAGAAGGAUAUGUUGGACACAAAGGUGGUAAACUUGAUGCUGUUACUGUCAUCGUUUCAUUCGUCAAAACUGUCUCUACUUAAUUAUACCAACAUUGAUGUAAGAUGUAAAUAAUGAAGAGAGAGAGAUACACCAUUCUAGUUUUUACAAUAUAUAUAUUGAAACGAUGUAAAAUCUAAACCAA